AUGAGAAAGCAGAUCAAAUCAACAUUUCGGGCAAAGUCGACGGGAUUGAGUAUGGUUUUAGAUUCACUGAGAGAAGAAGGAUCUAUUUAUUUUGAAGGAUUGUUCGAUCAUUUUAAAGUAAUCACUUGGAUCGUUGAUAAUCCUGAAACAACUCCACGAGAAUCGAGUGUUCUUUUUUUGAAGUUGGAUACCGAUAUAAUUUCUUGCGGAUUGAGUUUCGAUACGGACACAGGUCACCCAACUUUCGGCUUUGAUGAAGAUAAUUGGAAAUCUGCACCCAUUUUGAUGUACAACUACAUUUCUGACCUGUUCCACACAUCUUCUGAUAUCCAGUUUAUUACGAACACGCGAAGUUUCGAAGACUUGCCAAAUAUCAAAGUUUUCAAGAAUUUCUAUCACGAAGGUCUCAGAUUAGCUGGCUCGAAAUUGGAUGUAUUUUUUGAAACUCACGAAAUUACGAAUUGUGCAGUGAUUCUCCCAUAUAUUAUGACUGAUACUCUAUUUACUAGGGGAUCAAUUAAGAGGAGAUCCAGUUUACUGAAAAUUAAAAAUUUGCUGGUGUACAAAGCGAAUUUUUUAGUUAUAAAUAAUAUACUGAGUUUUCGCGGAAGUCAUGCUGUUUUCUUGGAAUCAUAUAUCAAAAACAACGAUAUUAUUAAGUUUUUGAAUUUAUGGCUGUCUGGCCGUUUUCGGAGACUCGACUAUCUUCUUAUCACUCCUCUUUACCACGCUCCACUCAAUCCAGAAGCUAUUUUGGGGAAAUUCAAUACGAUGCCAUUCGACGAAUCAAGGAGAUCAGCUAUGUACAUAAAUAAGACAGCAAUGAUCGACUUUAUUCCUGCUAGACUUAGGCAGCCAGACUGGUCAAAAGAACCUCUGGUAGUGUUGCAAUCCGUUGUCCAGUUGGCGUCAGUUUUGUCCGAUUACAAAUCAAAUGUGGAUUAUAAAAAGCAUGUUCGAAACUGUAUGUAUUCGGUUGUGGUUCUGUUGAGAAUUCAUCAAAACGGUCGAAUAUUCGAGUCAAUGUUGACAAAAGAUGGUCGUAUUUCUGAAAACAUCGGGAUACUACAUGUUGUCAGACGACAAGCACGGCAAGCGUUUCUUUGUUCUGGAAUGGUAAAAAGUUGUGAAUUGAAAUGGUUGUGGUUAGAUGAUUCAUUCAAUGCUCAACCUAAAAAUAGGCAGCACCCAACCAUCCGUGCAUUUCUCAAAAACUCAAGAAUCCGUAUCAAACAAGCUCGAAUUGCACUUCACAAAAGGAACACAUGA